UCUAUGUGUGUGUGCGCGGUGCUUCUGUGGGGGGGAGAGGCAGGGAGAAAACGACGGGAGAGCGGUAUCUUACAUUUGUGGCCCUCCGUCUCCUUCCCCUCGUCCUCAGUGCACGAACAACCUCAUCGCCGCUAAACUACAGCGAGGACACCGAGUGGAGAUCGGUAGAAAUUUUCACUUGGUUGUCUUCUGUCGACAGCGAUUUUAUUCUGAAAGAGGAGAGAGAUGCAAAUGGUCCAUCUAGACUGCUGAUAAAUCUUUCAUCCCACACUAUUGGUCUUGGCCCAAACCAUAACCACUGCUGUCUCCAGUCGUCUCCAGGAUCACGCACGCCUCCUUGGACACAUCUGCUCCCUCUCUCUGCCUUGCGUUUCUGCUUUCUCUCGCCCAUUCAGAUAAAUGAGUGGUCCAGCUGCAGACAGCAGGGCUGGGACAAGUGCCAGAACCCACACAGAAUGUCCUGGUUCAACGGCUUCCUAGUGGCCAGAGUGGACGACCGCAAGACCGCGUGGGGCGAGCGCAAUGGAAAGAAGUCCAAGCGCAAGGGGGGCUCCUCUCUCUGCAACCCACGCUACAUGAGCUGCCUGAGGGACGCUGAGGCCAUGGAGCCCCCCGUCCAGGCGCCCCAGCCCAUGCCCCCACGUGGCGCUGGUGGCGGGGGAGGUGUCGGCGGCCCCGUCCCAGUCGGGAGCCAGUUCGGCGUCCGCUGCGGCUGGCAAGAAGACCACUACGGCAUCCGCGGCGGUGGCGGAGCGGGAUCGGGGGAGGGCGUGGGGCUGAAAUCGGUGGACCUGGGCUUCGAGGACGGGACGCCGCGGGGGCGCAUGAGCAAAAGCGGCGAAGGGCAGCAGCGCGGCGAAGGGCGAAGGGCGAGAGCGGGCGGAGGAGGGGUGGUGACGGCGGCGGACUGCUGGCUGCGUGUGGCCCGCGUCUUCCAGUCCAAGAAGUUCCAGUCGCGCAAGCUGGAGCGCCUCUACCAGCGCUACUUCUUCCGCCUCAACCAGAGCUCGCUGACCAUGCUCAUGGGCGUCCUGGUGCUGGUGUGUGGCGUCAUGCUGGCCUUCCACUGCGUCCACGCUCCGCCACACCCGGCCUACGCCGCCCUGCUCUCCGUGGCCAUGGGACUCUUUUUGGCGCUGAUGGUGGUCUGCAACCGCAACGGCUUCCACCAGGACUACAUGUGGAUGGUCAGCUACCUGGUCAUCGCUGUGCUGCUGCUGGUGCAGUCGCUGGGCGUCCUGAUGGUGGCGCCGCGGAGCGCGUCCGAGGGCAUCUGGUGGUCGGUGUUCUUCAUCUACAUCAUCUACACGCUGCUGCCAGUGCGCAUGCGGGCGGCGGUCAUCAGCGGCGGCCUGCUCUCCUGCAUCCACCUGCUGACCACAUGGAGGAUCAACCUGCAGGAUGACUUCCUCUGGAAACAGCUGAGUGCCAAUGUGCUGAUCUUUUUGUGCACCAACAUCAUUGGGAUCUGUACGCACUACCCGGCCGAGGUGUCCCAGAGGCAGGCCUUCCAGGAGACACGCGGCUACAUCCAGGCUCGUCUGCAUCUGCAGAGGGAGAACCAGCAACAGGAACGCCUGUUGCUGUCCGUGUUGCCAAGGCAUGUUGCCAUGGAGAUGAAGGCUGACAUCAACGCCACGAAAGAAAACAUGAUGUUCCACAAGAUUUACAUCCAGAAGCACGACAACGUCAGUAUCCUGUUUGCAGAUAUUGAGGGCUUCACUAGUUUGGCGUCUCAGUGCACGGCCCAGGAGCUGGUCAUGACACUGAAUGAGCUCUUUGCCCGCUUUGACAAGCUGGCCUCCGAGAACCACUGUCUACGGAUCAAGAUCCUGGGGGACUGUUACUACUGUGUGUCAGGGCUGCCCGAGCCACGGGCUGACCAUGCCCACUGCUGCGUGGAGAUGGGUGUGGACAUGAUCGAGGCCAUCUCGCUGGUGAGAGAGGUGACGGGGGUCAACGUGAACAUGCGUGUGGGCAUCCACAGUGGCCGCGUGCACUGCGGGGUGCUGGGACUCAGGAAGUGGCAGUUUGACGUGUGGUCUAACGAUGUCACACUGGCCAAUCAGAUGGAGGCCGGGGGCAAAGCAGGGAGAAUCCAUAUAACGAAAGCCACCCUCCAGUACCUUAAUGGGGAUUACGAGGUGGAGCCUGGCUUUGGUGGCGAGAGGAACGCCUACCUGAAGGAGCACAGUAUCGAGACCUUCCUGGUGCUGGGCUGCAGUCAGAAAAGGAAAGAGGAGAAGGCCAUGAUGGCCAAGAUGCAGCGCGCGCGAGCCAACUCCAACGAGGGCCUGAUGCCCCGCUGGGUGCCUGACCGCUCCUUCUCCAGGACCAAGGACUCCAAAGUCUUCAGACAGAUGGGCAUUGAUGAAACAUCCAGCAAAGACAACCGUGGUGCUCAGGAGGCCAUGAACCCUGAGGACGAGGUGGAUGAGUUCCUGGGCCGGGCCAUAGACGCCCGCAGUAUCGACCAGCUGCGCAAAGACCACGUCAAGAAGUUCCUGCUCACCUUCCAAACCUCCAGUCUGGAGAAAAGGUAUUCGAAGAAGGUGGAUGACCGCUUCGGGGGCUAUGUGGCCUGCACACUGCUGGUCUUCUGUUUCAUCUCCUUCAUCCAGAUCGUCAUCUUCCCACACACUCCGGUGAUGUUGGGAAUCUACAUCAGUAUCUUCAUCAUCCUGGCCAACAUCCUGUUCAUAUGUGCCAUCUACUCCUGCAUCAAGCUCUUUCCUGCAGCCAUGCAGACUGUGUCCAAGAAGAUUGUACAGUCUCGGACAAACAGCACCCUGGUCGGGGUGUUCACCCUGAUCCUCGUCUUCAUUUCUGCCUUCAUCAACAUGUUUGCCUGUGACACGGAGAGACUGGUGGACUGCGUUGCCAGGGAGAUGAACUCGUCGUCUGACCUGGUGACCCCGUGUGUCAUCCAUAAGCUCUCGCGGAGGGCAGAAGAAGGCUUGGUCAUAUGCCCCAGCAACACUCCGUCCUGCCCCUUUCCUGAGUAUUUUAGCUACAGUGUGCUGCUGACGCUCCUGGCCUGCUCCGUGUUCCUGCAGAUCAGCAGUAUUGGGAAGCUGGUCCUCAUGCUGCUCAUCCAGCUCACCUUCCUGCUGCUCGUCGAGUGGCCACAGGUGGCGCUGUUCGACAACGCCGACCUCUUCGUCACGGCCAAUGCCCUUGUUUUUAAUGAAUCUUUACAAUGGUCCAGUUUCAAUGAAACUACAGACCAGUGCCCUUACAUUGUGACCAAAGUGUCUCUUAAAGUCAUGACCCCAGUGAUCCUCACAGUGUUUGUGCUGGCGCUGUACCUGCACGCCCAGCAGGUGGAGUCCACUGCACGGCUCGACUUCCUGUGGAAACUACAGGCCACGGAGGAGAAGGAGGAGAUGGAGGAGCUGCAGGCCUACAACCGCCGGCUCCUGCACAACAUCCUGCCCAAGGACGUGGCGGCGCACUUCCUGGCACGCGAGCGGCGCAACGACGAGCUCUACUACCAGUCGUGCGAGUGCGUGGCCGUCAUGUUCGCCUCCAUCAGCAACUUCUCUGAGUUCUACGUGGAGCUGGAGGCCAACAACGAGGGCGUGGAAUGCCUGCGCCUGCUCAACGAGAUCAUCGCCGAUUUCGAUGAAAUCAUCAGUGAGGAGAAGUACCGGCAGCUGGAGAAGAUCAAGACCAUCGGCAGCACCUACAUGGCCGCGUCCGGUCUCAACGACUCCACCUACGACAAGGAGGGCCGCAGCCACAUCACCGCACUGGCCGACUACUCCAUGCGGCUACGCGAACAGAUGAUGCACAUCAACGAGCAUUCCUUCAACAACUUCCAGAUGAAGAUUGGCCUGAACAUUGGACCAGUGGUAGCUGGAGUUAUUGGGGCCAGGAAGCCUCAGUACGACAUAUGGGGAAACACUGUCAAUGUAGCCAGUCGCAUGGACAGCACAGGGGUUCCGGAUCGAAUUCAGGUGACCACUGACCUGCACCAGGUGCUGGAUAAGAAAGGCUACCAGCUGGAGUGUCGCGGAGUGGUCAAAGUCAAAGGCAAGGGCGAAAUGACCACCUACUUCCUGAAUGCUGGACCUUCCAAAAGUUAGCACCGGCUGCUGGACUGGGAUGAAACGACAUUCUCUUCAGCUUUCCUUUCCCCAAGGCCAAGUAAAGGGGUGGGGUGGUGGUGGUGGUGGUGGAAGAAGAGCGAAUCGACAGACCCACCCUCACCCCAUGUCACAACAAGUAGCCAUGCCACCACUUGAAAAGAAAACAAAACAAAGGAUAGGCUUGUUUAGGAACAAAACAAGGCAACGAUAAGCAAAUAAAGAGAAAGGAAAGACUACGAGACUCGGCUCUUGAGAGGGGAAAGUUCUCGUGUUGUGGCCCACUAGUGGGGGCACGCACAUCCAAGGACGAUUGUUAUGUAGUUUUUAAAGUCGCUCUCUCAGGCUUCUUGAAAGAUGCAAAGUCUGUUUAUUUAACUAAAGGCCUUCAGCCGAUGAAGAAAAAUGCUGUACAUAAAGCUUUUUUUUCUCUGACUUUUUGUGCAACAUCCAUUUUUUUUGCCAUGUCUUUUGUUUUUUUUAUUUUGGAAAUUAUGACUACAGGUACUUGUUUACUGUUUUUUUUUUUCUUUUCCAGAAUUCUUUAUUUAUUUUAAUCUUGAUGUUUUGUGCAAAAAAAAGUAUUUUAUGGGGAAAACAUUUGAAGAAAUACAUGCACAUAUAUACAGUACAUAAGGAUGUACUGAUAUGUGUAUGAAAGUAUUUACAAGAUAUAUGUAUAAAUUGAAGAGAAAAUAAUAUCGACCAAAGACCAAAGUAUUUAACAGAAAACUAAAUGAGACGUGUUGGUUUGGCCUCUACAGCCUCACAGCUGUGUGUGGAUGUGAAGUGUAUGCCCUGAAGUCUCGCCCCUCUCAGUUAAGUUGUGUCUCAGUUUUGCUUUUGAAGGCCACAGCAACGUCCUCAUUUUUGUUGACAAAGUAUAAAUAUAUAUAUAUAUAUAUAUAUAUAUAUAUAUAUAUAUAUAUAUAUAUAUAUAAAUAUCUACGUAUAUGUAUUAUUUGAGGUAUUUUAGGCCUCUUGGGAUCUGAAGCCUUCAAGGAAAAGGUGACUGAUGCUUAGUUUCUUUUUCAGUUUUUUUCCACCCGUCCAUCUCUUUCUCCCCGUCGUGUUUGGUUUUGAUGGAGGAAAGAAAGCAGGUUCCCCACAGUCACAGGUCACUCUCAUGUGGGGAGUGUCUGUCAAAGUCUGUCGGGAACCACCAAGGAACCUCAAGCAAGACUACUAGCCAUUUCCUGUGGUAGGGCGAGGGUGUCGCAGGGUGACUGCAGAUUCUACUGGCCAGCAGGCUCUUCCCUCAGGAGGCUUUGACUGGGCAUGUCCAAGAGAACACCCUCCAGUCAGCCCAACGCCAUCGUAAACGUUCCGUUGUCAAUCUCUUCUUUUUGAAAAGAAGUAUUUUUUUGGUACAGAGAGACCUUACUGAGACAUAGGGAGAGAGAAGACAGCCACGGGAUUGGAUACCAUGGUACCACACAGUUUGUUGCAUUCAAAUUCCUAUAAGAGAGACUUUUUUUCUAAAAAAGAAAGAAAUAUAUAAGAAAUCUAUAAAUUAUGACUGAAUACUGUGCUUUGUUAUCUUGAAGGGGCAUAACUCUUUUCACUGUGAGGUUUCUAUGAUACGACAAACUGCUUUCUUGCCAAACCUAACUGCUCUAAAGCAUGUCUGAUUGUGGUAUCUUCAGCAUCCGUUUAUUUGUUUGUUUGUUUUGAGUUUUAAAUGUUGGGUAUUUUGUAUCACCUCUGUAUUCAUUAUUUUUAUUCUUCUUAUUAUAGUUGUUAAAAAUGCAUAUUAUUAUGAUUCCAUUCCAACGUGAAGGAACAAAGGAGGCUAUGUGCUCUGCAAAUACUUAGAUGUAAGCCCAAGCUCAUAUGGUACCAACUGAUCAACUUCAGUCAGUGUCCAGUUGAACAGUAUUGCAGCCACAAUGAGUCUCUACUCCCUGACUCAGAAAAAAAAAAUAAUCAAGCAUGUUUCCUUGCAUGGUUUAGUCUCGCAUUUCGUUUUUUUUUUUUUUUUUUUUCAAAGUCCACGAAGAGCGUAGUAGCUUUUCUGACAUAAAGGUUUUUGCGAUGAGGAAAAAACAAAAUGCUGCUAUCUUAAUUAUGGCAGCAUGCAGCUUCUUCUUAAGACACUACACAGAGACAGACGGGAGGACCUAGCCGUCCGACUAGGACUAAGUUGUUGAGAUGGUCAUGAGCCGUCCACACUGCAUGUGUGCCGACAAUAUGGAUUUGCCUUAAAUGAUCAGCUCCCCUCACAGAGGGAUGUAAACAGUGCCUCCCUGCCAGAAACUGUCAGUCGUCCAGAGAAGGAGACAGACAGAAAUGUGUCUCCUUCCCGCAAGAGUGUGUGUAUUAAAACAGCUCAAUUUCUAAGCAAUCACAGAGCAUUUGGUCUCAGAUGGGGAAAAUAUAACUGUAUGGGCUUUUUUGUUGUUUUGUUACGUUUUGUUUGUUUGCUUUUCGAUCUGCCCACGCUCUUACCGGUCUCGCUCGAAUCAGCACCCUGAUUUUCUGCAUCUCACCACAGGUCCACCCCACUGGCCAUGACAGUUGAUCAAGUUUGUACCAAAAACAGCUUGUGCCUUUUCUCUUCCCUCAGCAGUGCCGCGGACACACAGUGCGGUCAGCGGUGGGGCCACACACACUGUGGGGGAGGUCAAAGGUUAAAGGUUAGCAUUGAAGAGUUACAGACCUAGAGCUGGAGUACAUUAAGAGAUUGUGGGG